AUGCCCAGCGUGAAAAUAGGUACUGCUCAAUGGCAGAAGCUGACACAGUCCCAGGAGAAACAAACCACUGUGAUAACACCGCUGGGGAUGACUAUGCUGGAGAUUCAAGGUGAUCUGGAAUUACCUAAGGACUUCUCGUCGCUGGCACAGGGAGAUUCCCACCAUGAAGCAAGGUUCAGCAAACAGGACGGUAAGAACGUAAUACGGUUUGGGCUAUUACAGCUUGACGGCGAGAGAGCUACUCUGUUUGUCGGUAAGAAACAGCGUUUACUGGGGAAAGUGACGAAGUUAGACGUGCCGGUGGGUAUUAUGCAUUUCAAUUCAAGCGAUAAUAAAGUCGAACUGGUGGACGUGGUGAAAUAUAAAAUUAUCUUUAAAGAUAGACCUUUACCUAUUAUGUAA